ACUACUAAAAAAUUGUGUUUAAUGUUUAUAAAAUGGCCACUGUGGGAAAGUUAAACGAAGAAGCGUUAAAAAGAAAAGAUCGUUUGAAGGCUUUGCGUGAGAAGUCCUCAACAUACAGAUCCGAAGAAAACGUAGAAAAAGAAAAACUACCAGGGCCAACAUUUAGAAGCUACAAACCUGAAAGCGAUUCUCUUCAAGAGCGUACUAAACCUGCAGUAAAGCCAGCAGAUGUCAUCACCUCUAUUAAAGAUGAACUUGAGUCUGGAAAAACUGAUCAUAUUGUGACUGAAGUGGACUUGAGCAAUUUGGCCCCGCGAAAACCAGACUGGGACUUGAAACGAGAUGUUAGCAAAAAAAUUGAAAAACUUGAAAAAAGAACACAAAGAGCUAUUGCUGAAUUGAUAAGAGAGAGAUUGAAAGCAAGUCAAGGUGAUUUGGCAUCUGUUGUUAUGGGUGAAACCAUGACAAGAUCAGUGGAUAUUAGUUAAAGUUGGGGGAAAAAACUGUUUUUGUAAAUACUUUUUUUUAACUUUGAAGAAAGGAAUUUGAAAGCAUGUGAUCUUUUGUGAAAUGAAAUUGAGCAAUUUUUUGAGCCUGAUAAUGAGGUGUGCAAGUUUGUAUAAGUGUAGUUUUGUGAUGUGUAUUCAUUAAAAGUUCAUUUUCUCUAUAAAA